GAUUGCACACUCGUUUCGUCGUGCGAGUCGUUGGAAAUUUGUGUUUUGUGUUUUGUACAUAUUUCGUUGUGCUUGUUGUUAUGGUUUCGGUUGAAUGGACAAUCAACAUUUGAAGCCGCCAUUCAGUUGCAACAAAUAAACAGAAAUGCAACGUGAACCGCUUUAAUUUGUUUUUGCAUCAUUUAAAAAACACGAUUUUUUUGUGCCUUCUUUGGAAUUUUUACUGUAAAUUGUCAUCCGAAUGCAGUUUAUGUGGUUAAGUUAAAUUAUAGUGAUAAAUUCAAUUGAUUGGCAGUUUUACUUGGAAUAUACAACUCCUACUUGGAAUAAUUCUCCAGAGAUCAAGAAAAUUCGAAAACUAAAUUUGCGUUGGUUGUUCAGACGAGCUGCAUUUUCAUGUGGAUGAAAGAAUCAGUUUGAACGGCACAGCAUUAAAUAAUAAUAAUCAACGUGGCAAAAGCGAAAUUGUGAAAAAAAGUGCUUGAAAACAGGAAAUAAGUACAGAAUAAUAUAAAAAGUAAAAUAAAAUACUCCAGUUGUGACAGAAAAUCUGCGAGAACCAAUAAUAUAUGUGCAUGUGUGUAAUGGCAAAAAAAGAGAGCAGUAUAGAAAAAGCAAAGUAAUUGCGCGAAACAGCGAAAAAGUCUUAAGCCCGUCGCUCACACCGGACAUCAGAAUCAACACUAGCGGGCCGAGACAGAGUGCUCGCGAUUAAGGAACGAAUCAGAAAAGGGGCAAUCACCGCAUAUGUAUUGCGAUCGAUGGAUGUGUUUUUUCUGUUCUUUGCGCGCCAUGCCACAUUGAAAUUAUAAACAACAUAAAACGUACGAUCGUUUCAAUAUCGUUGGCUGCUGCCAUCGCGUUCUCUCUACCUGGAGAACCGGAUUUUCUGAAUGUUAAAAUCUCAGUUGCGAUAUUUUUGUUUGGUGCGUCGCAUUCUCAUUGAAUAUUCUGUGCUGACGGCGACUGUUGUUUAUGUUAUUUAAGAAGAAAGAAAAAAAAACCACUAAAAGAAAAGACAGAUCGAAAAUCUAUCGCAAGAAUUCAUUGUGACAUUUUGAAAGAGAACAAUUGCAAAAUCAAAUGCUGAAGAAAAAAAAGUGUAUUCACCAAAUACCCGAAUAACCAAUGACAGAUUUUGAAACAUUUGAUAUUAUUCAAAUGAUUGGUGGAUUUUUGUGUUCUCAGCAUUAACAUAACUGAUUGAAUUAUUUCCAUUCAGCCAAAAGACAUUAUAAACAUCAAGAUAUUAGUUAUGCACAUUGAAAUUUGUUUGAUGACAUGAUGAAUUGAUUGAAAACACAAUUCAUUUGCAUGCAAAUACAUUCAUCGACAAUAUCAUUUCGAUAAAAAAAAAAAAAAACGCUACUCACAAAUAGCGUUAUCAAUCGUAAUCAAAAAGAAACGAACAAAAAAAAAUCGAGAUUAGAAUCGGCGUGAAGCCACUAGCCACUUUUUCUAGCGCUCAUUUAAAAUAAUCAAAACAGGUGUGCGUGUGUUUGUGAUUAAAUUCGUGUAACAAGCAUACGGAGAAAGAAGUAGCAUCAUGAAACGAGAAAAUUCUGGUUUUCCAUUCGAUGUUUUGAGUUUGCUGCUGUAAUCGCAUCAUAAAGACUAUCUGAAGUAUUGAACGGCCGAAGAUGAGCAAAACGUAACGACGAUUCAAUGAAGUUGACAAGUUCGUGAUAAGUUUAUGUUUGCUGCAUAUUUUAUAUCUUGUGCGCGUUGAUUUUAUUAUUUUCAUUGCAUAAUCGUAAUCGGUUUGAAUGCUUUGGUUACGUUACGUUCCAUUGGACUCUCAAUUCCAAUCGUUUCAAGUUCAUUCGCAUCGAAAUCAAGAAAAAGUGUUUUUAGCGACAAACAACAAAAUAUUAAAUAUUACUCAACGUGAUAAUAAUAGUCACAUGUAAAAGUAACAAAUUAAUUCAAGUGGUAUUAUUUUAAAAUUUAAAUGAACAAACGUUACACACCUUUGCAACGGAAUUGUGAUGCAUGUGAAUGGAGAGAACCGGAGAAACUGUAUGCAACGAAUAUUAUUAUUUCUGGUUCUUAAGUAAUAAUACAUUUGUUGGAAUCGUAACUACGCGAGAAAAGCAGGAGAGAUACAGAGAGAGGAAAAAAAGAAAUGUAAUGUAAGAAAACGAGAAGUGAAUUGAGUGAAACAGCCGGUACGUGAAUAUACCACAAUCACAUUCUUCAGCAGUGUAUCUCGUCGGUUCUUCGUGGCAAUAUGCUGACAAUGAUGAUGAUGACAGUAAAUUGUGUGCGGUACGCGCGCAAACUGAAUUUCGAGGUGAGUCUACGCUUCGUGUAAAUUCAGUUAUAAGUAUAGUGUUCCUCGAAAUCAUUAAGAUCGAAUGAGAAAAAAAAAGAGAAGAAAGAAUAACAUUGUGCAACUAAAAAAAAAAAUACAUUUCAUAAGAACAAAGUGCAGUGACUUCUGAACUUUUAGCAUAUAUUACAUAUAUUGUGUUCGAUAGUGGAUGUUCAAGACAAACUGUACAAGUGACCUCUUUUAUCGAUACUAAAGAGAAACCAAAUAGACACAAUUUUGAUUUUUAAAUCUAUAAAACUGAAAUCUAAUAGAUACUAAAUACGAUAGUAUCGGUGCAACCUAAGAUUAAAAAAAGAAGAAAUACGAGCGUGGAAUGUAUCUGAUUUAUUGUUUCUUUAUCACCACCAACCGAGUGAUCACCAAAUAAUAAGUUUCGAAAGAGAAAAAUAAGUUCCCAAAAAGAAAGUGUAUAAUUUUUUAAAAGUCGGUAAAAAUAAUAAAAAUCGAUUCGAUGUUAAAACACGCGCCUUCCGGAAAUGCGGCUAGUCAACAGCAGCAGCAGCAACAGCAGCAACAACAACAGAAAAACCUACAGUCCCAACAAUCUCAAACCUCUUCACAUCAAAUUCAACAUAAUCAUACACAUAACCAUCAUCAUAUUUCACAUGUGCAUCCAAAACAUCCACCUCCGCCACCUCCACAAAUUCAAUCCCGUCCAAAUGUUGUCGCAACGACACCAGCUACACGUGCUAUACUAAAUCGUUCGAUUCAACCAUUGAACGUAUCGACAAUUUCACAUCAAACAGCACCAUCGAUCGUUCUAACACCAAACAAACUCAUUCCAAAUGGACAUGCAAACGGUGGCCUACGUAUUCCAACUACGGCUCAAACAAUUUUAAAUACAACACCAUCGACGUCAUGUUCGUCGCCACAAAAUCACUGUAGUUUACAAUUGAAUACAAAACAUCAAAUGGGUGCUCGUGAAGCUCUCACUAGUCUGGGAUUACUUUGUUUGGUGUCGCUACUGCUAGCAUUGUUAUCACUAAUAUUCUUACUGAAAAUAUCACCAAAUGGACGUGAACCACCACCUCCACCAGGCCCUAUCUCCUCGGACGACUAUAUCAUUGUGUACGACGUUACACUUGCGUUAUGUGCGCUCUCCUUAUGCCUGAAUCUAUGCUGUUUGUUGGUUUGUGCGAUUCAGUUUUUAUUUGCUGUAAAAUUACUGCGAGCACCUGCCACGCCAACUGCAAGAGGUAAUAAAUAUCUACAGAAGUCCAGUGUGAGUCGCGUGUGUGCUGUUGGAGGCUUUUUUAUUUCCAUUCCAGUAUUUUUGACUGGAAUUAUUCUAUACACAUUCACACAAUUCCAUUCGACGCCGGCUAUCAUAACGAGCGUUUUGAUUGGAGUUGGUAUUGUAUUUUGCGGUUGUGCUAUGGUUCACAAUGUGUUCGUUUGGCAAAGGGAGAAAACGAUAUGCGUACGAAAUAUGAAUCCAUUGAACUUAAGUAUAACGGCGAAUCAGCAGCAGCAGCAGCAACAACAUCAAUCACAUCAAUCGCAAACACAACAACAACAAACACCGAUCAGUACAAUAUCAGUGCCGCAACCAACACAUCAUGUGUCCCAUUCGCAUUCUCAUCAUCUUUAUCAAAACCAUAACGGUAUCAUCAAUCCGACAACACAUUUGCACCUAUUGAGUCAUCACAAUAACAACAACAAUCCAAUUCAUGCAAAUCACAAUCAUACGCCAUUGACACAUACAUCACAGUUAAGCCAUACGACUCCAGUGACUCCAUUAUCAGCGAAUCAUUCACAUAUUAGCUUCUUGCCGGGUCUCCGGCCAGCCACAGCCACACCACCGACACCAAAACCUCAUAUGAAUCCAAACAACAGCAUUUUGAUUGGACGUGAUGGGUCUGUGACACCGGGCACUAAUGGAACACUGGAUAUCAGCGAUCGUCACAAUAUCAGCAAUAUCACAUCGACCAUUUCACCACAUGAACUGUCCACAUUAGUCUAGACGCAUCGCGGAUUUGAAUCAUUCGGUCACUGAUUCUAUUUGGUUUUAAGUCGAAUUACUUGUAAUUUAAGUAGCUCUUUUAAUUGUAGACCAUAAAUUCUCAUUUUAUUGACUUCAUGGAAGGUUUCACGAUAUAUAUUAAAUUCAAAUUCAGUUAAGUAAUUAGGAAAUCAAUUGUGUAUAUAAAUGUCGAACUUUAUUGAACGCUAAAAUUACUGCCGUAGUUAUAUUUAGAGCGCCGAACAAAAAAUGUAUUAAUCCCAAGUGGUCGUCUUUUUAAUUG